ACACACAGUACACGGUCAACGAAUAUGGCGGCUCUCUAAAUUGCACAAACCCAUCGUACAAAAUCGUGCUAUAAUUGGAUCUACUGGACAGGAAAUUAAGAGUUCUUUGUAUAAAGGUAAUGCAGCCAAGGGAAACAUGCCAUAAACAAAGUUGUCAGCAUUGUGAAAGAGGAACAGUGCAACUCUUCUCACACAAGAACAAGAGUCUUUUCUCCUGGAAAUAGAUAAAUUCACUGAGUGAAGAUGUUUACUAUCCACCAUCAGCCCCAGCUCGCCCUAUGGCUCAGGGAGAGAGAAAAACCCCAGAGGUUGCGGUCCAUCAUGGAGAAAGAACGAAAGAGUGAAUUCCUAAGACACGCAGAAGAAAAAGGAUACCUGACGUCUCCUGAUAAAGAUUACUUGUUGAAGAGGGGGAGUGGCAAGACCAAGAAAGAUAAAUCAUUGAAGAAGACACAGUCAGUGUCGGACAUUCAUCUUGUUAAACUCUCCAGUGUUCAUCUCAUCAACAUAGGACAGAUUCAGUUGCUCACCAGGCUCAAGAUUUGUAUCCUCCCUGGGAAUUACAUCACUAGCUUUGUUGCUCUUGCCAACUGCCCGGAGCUGGUGAAACUUGAUCUUCAUAGCAAUCAGAUCUCGACCCUGCCAGGGCCGGAGUUCUGGAGAUGUCUGCCGAAUCUGAGGGUUGUUCAUUUGCAUAAUAACAGUAUUGGGAAGUUGGAUUGUUUGCAGCAUAUGGGGGAGGCGGAGAACCUUCAUGUUUUAACGCUGUAUGAUACGCCAAUCAGUUUGAAGAAAACUUAUAGACAUCAUGUUGUCAACAGCAUCUGGUCCUUGAAGGCUCUUGAUUAUCACGUUAUCUCAGAUGAGGAGAUCAUUGAGGAUGCAUCUUUCGGGAGUCACUUUUCUACGAUGAAUCCAGCCUUCCACUACAACCCUGUGCCUCAUUCCAAAAAGGACAGCACAUUUGAGGAUGAGAUGGCUUUAGUGUUACACGUCUUGAAGGAGGUUUCCAGCAUCCAAUCUCAUCACUCACCAGUUCUUAUCAUCCAGAAGAGCAUAAGAGGCUUCCUUGCAAGGAGACAUCACAAGUUGCUCUUUGACACCAAAAUAUGGGCUUCUGUCUGCAUACAGCGAUAUUGGCGAAGCUUCAAGGGGCUAGAAUGGAAGCCCCGCCCUACACCUGCCACGCCCACAAAACCCCAAAUUGAGCCUGCCACUAUCAUCCAAGAAGUUCCGGUAGUAUCUAAAAGGGUGUCACCAGAACCACCUAAUGCCCCUUCUAUCACUGAUGGCUCUACUAUCACCCGAAUUGACUACGACAUGUAUCUAGCAAACAGGCGACCUGGUUCAAAGACUCCUAGUAUUGUGUCUUCAGUUGUGCCUGAUAAGAAACAGUUACAUCUGGAGGAGACACGAAUGACUGGGUACUCUGAUGACAAGGAAACCAAUCUGAGUAUGCCUGCAAUCUCAGUAUCUCCAGGAGUCAGUGAGCCGUUCUCCACCAUGAGGAAGCGCACCAACCUCCACAUUGACCUCACCAAGCUCCAGACAGAUUCAAUGUUUCAAUCAGAAGAAGCCAGUCAGGCCAUCGUCUUUGAGACAAACCUUGAUGAGGGCGUGAGCUCCUUCUUGGGCUUGAGUAAACCCAGAGAGCAAGGUGUCGAGCCCAUCAAGAGUAUGAAGAAACACAGACAUGAAAAACAGCAGAAGGAUCGGAAGAAGAAGGAGUUUAAGACAGUGAAGCAGAUGCUUGGGCCAUUACCAAGUAGCCAGUUAGAGCGGGAACGUGAGGAGGAAGUUGAUACAGAUGAUGAGGAGACAGUGAUAAAGUUCCGCCUCUCUGGGCUGAAGUCUGUUUUGCAUGAUGUGGAUUUGCUUCAGGAGCUCUUGAUUUCAAAGCGUGAGGUUGGACAAGAUAUAAGACACUCCCACAAAGAUGUUAUUGAUCGGACUUUACGCGAGACAAAACAGAAACCAGUCAAGUCAAAAUCUAUCAAUGCUGAUCAGAGACUGUUUGCUAGAGUGCAGGGCACAAUGGGAAUGUCUUGUCUACGCGCCGUCCAGCAGGCAUACAGAGAUCGGGCGAAAGCAGAAAAACUUGUCUCAACAGUUGACAAAGUGACAAACUUACGUGAGCUCAGAGAGGCUUCCAAACAGCAGGCAAGGAACUUCUUAGAGGAGAAGCGUCUCCAGGCCAUCAAAAAGAAAGACAAUGAUGCAAACGAUAACAUUGAGGCAAUUGAGAGGCGAGUCAACCAUGAGAAAGCUCAGAGAGAACGAAGAAAAGAAACCCGCUUGAAAUCUCGUGAGCUCUCUAAGAGCUCUCUGAGAGACAAAUCCUUCAUGGUUGACUUUACUGGUCAACAUACCUCAAUCUCAAAUGCCCUGAUCAGACAUGACCGCCAAGCAAAGGAUGAUUUCACUCUACAAAGUCGUCAGAACCAGGUAGAUGGUGAAAGAGACUGCAACAAACACCAGUUAGACCUUGUCAAACAGUACCUUGAGCAUCGUCAGAUGAUGCGCCAGGCACAAAAUGCUGUUGAGAAAUCUGCCUUAGACACCCGGAUGCUUCAGGAGGCCAAUGAGCGACUGAUGGAGGCUAGAAAUCGCAUCGCUCAACAAAAACAGAAAGCCAAAUCGGUUCAGGCUUUUUACCCUCUCCCUAAGACAGCUACUGACCCAGUCCUUCCCCCUGUUAACCAGGAGGGCAAACCAGACCGCUUCCAUACACUCAUUGCUAUGUAUGAGGGUAGAGUUGGCAACCACCCCACUGUGGUCGGUAGCACUUGAUUUGAAAAGAGUCAUAAAAAACUCUGUUGCCAUAACAAAUCCAUCCAAAAAUAUUUCAUGUACAUUUAUAUCUAUGAUAGCAUUUUUUUGUACAGAAUUAAUUUUAUGAAAUCUAUAACUUUUUUGCAUGUAACCAUUUUCUUGGUAUUUUCCAGAAUAACAACUGAAAUACAAAAUACUGUCAAAGAUCAUGUAUCUUCCAAAGGUUCCACCUAGGUAUUUUCAUGGCCAACUAUAUGUCUGCAAAAAACAGGGUUAUUGUUACAAUUUACAAGUAUUUGUCCAUAUAAAAUGUAUAUGGAAGGCAAAGUAGCAGAAGCAAGUAAAAAGUAUUUUUCUCAGGUGGAUUUUCAGCAUUAACUUCAUCUUUAACACAUUACAUAUUUCUUUGCCCUUGAAAAUUUAAGUUACUGAAAUCUUUUUGUGAAUCGAAGAAGUUUAAAUUCACACAGUUAUUUGUAUCAAUUAUUAGAACCGAAUGGAAGUUAUACAGUUUUAACUCGCCCCUUGAAAUGUUCAACCUAAAAGUUAAACUUUUCCUUAUAGAGGAGGCCUUAACCAAGAAGUAAACGCGUUGAUGCCCCUGCUCUUUCAAAAACAAAGCAUCAAUCGGGCCUGCAUCGCAUACAUAUAUUUACUUGUUUUCUAUUCAGUAUACUUGAAAUGUACGUUAAAACAUUUUAACAUUUUGUAAGCACUUAAAUUAUUCUUGCCUCUUGACUUUAAAGAUGCUUUGUUCUUUCAACAGGUAUGUUUUUAGUUUUGGGUUAAUUCGUACAACACAAGAAAACCGUUACAACAAAAAAUUCUUAAAGGGAAGGGUAUACUUUUUGUAGCUAUCAUAGACGAGUAUCCUCACUUGGUGCCUCGAACAUAUUCCUAACUUUACAAACCUAACCUGGCUCAACCAGUCAUCGAAGUUGUAAGAACAUAUUGAGAGAAAAACACCCCUGUUGCAAAGAGUUUUGUGCUUCCAAAUGCUGGAGAAAGUCUUCCUUGCCAGAAAGUUCAUGCCUGAAGCCUUUCUCAGAUUAAAAAAUGUUUGUGAAACAUUACCUCUAAAACUAGACAAUGUUUGUAGUAUCAACAGCUCCCCAGUACUCUUGAAUAUUUACAGUUGACAGUCUGUAUGUGUAAAACAAUAUCCUAUGUUGACGCUUUGCUGAGAAGUUUAACUUGAAAUGUUUUUGUUUUAAAUAAAUUGUAUGUUAUUGCUUCAAUAUCAAUCUUUAGAUGCUCAAUAUAUUUGUUAACAUUUUUUUAACAAGCGGUUUCGGUUUUUUCAUUUUGGCAAGACAUUGUAUACCAGCAUUGUAUUAUCAUAUUAAACACAUUUUUAUA